UCUCUCGCUCUCUCUCUCUCUCUCUCUCUCUAUAUAUAUAUAUAUAUAUAUAUCUGCAGCUAGACUUAUUUCUUAUCUUACUUCCUCCCUUGGCCGGGUGUAUGUUUGUAUUAUGUAUUAUUGUAAGAAAUAAUGAAACCCUAAAAGUGAUCAUCAUCUUUACCACACACAACCCUUGUUUUUCUACAAGAUCACUAAAAGUAGCCCAUCAAGAAGAGAAAAGUAGAAGCCAGAUAGAUCACCCAUUUUGUCCAUGGAUUCAAUCCCAGUUGGAGUGGUAGAGAAUUGUUCAGACCCUGAGAACACAACUUUGAUCAACAGUGGUACUAUUAGUACUACUGCAGGCAACAACAUCAUUAGUAUCAUCGGCUCUUCUCCAAUUUCUUCAUCAUCAUCGCCAUCAGCUUCCACCACACCUAGCCGAUACGAGAACCAGAAGCGGCGAGACUGGAACACCUUCGGACAGUACCUGAGAAACCACCGCCCACCGCUCUCUCUCUCCCGGUGCAGCGGCGCACACGUUCUCGAAUUCCUACGGUAUCUCGACCAAUUCGGCAAGACCAAAGUCCACACCCCAAUAUGUCCUUUCUACGGCCACCCUAACCCUCCUGCCCCGUGUCCGUGCCCUCUCCGGCAAGCUUGGGGCAGCCUCGACGCCCUCAUCGGACGCCUCCGAGCCGCCUACGAAGAAAAUGGAGGGAAGCCCGAGACCAACCCUUUCGGAGCUCGAGCGGUGAGGCUUUAUCUCCGGGAGGUUCGUGAUUUGCAGUCCAAGGCCAGAGGAGUCAGCUACGAGAAGAAGAAGAGGAAGCGGCCACCACCGCAGCAACAGUUGCCGCCACCAACAGGUGCAGGUAGUACUAGUACUAGUACUGCAACAAACUUGAAUUGAAUUGAAUUGAAUGUUUGAAAAUGUUUUAGGUUUGCUAGUAGCCUAGUAGUAGUUGUUGUCUACUCUAUAAAUGGCUACUUUUCCUUUAUUUCCAUCUUAAGAUAUAUUUAUGUCAGUAUGUAUAAUGUAUGUAAUGUUAGUUGAUUCCUAAAGUUGUGGCAACUACAAACCGUUCUCUACUGUGUGUUUUCUCUGUUUGCUGUCAAAGAAAACUAUGCUCUU